GGGGUGGAGCUGAGGGGCGGAACUGAGGCUGGGGAGAGGAAAGUGUUGGGGGAGCCGGGAGUCCUGUCUCCAAGCCUGGUUGCUCUUCUCCGAAAAGUUGGGACCCUGAGGUGUCACAGCUUCUCUUUUGAGAUCGGACUGGAGUUAGGAGGGUGAGGUCCUUCCUGGUAGACACAGACACACAUAGACACACAGCUUCCUGUAACAUUUCCAGGUGUCCUAUUCCAUCUCCCCAUUUAGGGGGUUUUCUUCUUGGUCCUUCCUGAGACCCCUUGGCUCCCAAGACCCCCCUGAUCGGGGCAGGGAUGAGAGUGCCCCAGGGUGGGAGGGUUCGUGGAUCCCUGAAAAGAGGAGGCUGCUCCCCCUCUUCCCUCUCCCCACCUUCAGAUUUCCUCAUCUGCCUCGACACCUUCCGGUGGGCGGAGACAUGUAUGGACUAAUUUGCCGGCUGGGGACCCUGGACGUGGAGGAAAUCCACAAGCACCAGGAAGUCAAGAUGCAGGCACCAGCCUUCAAAGAGAAGAAACGGGGGGUCCCAACCAAGAAUCAAGGUGCCCAUGACCCAGACUAUGAGAAUAUCACUUUGGCCUUCAAAAACCAGGACCAAGCGAAGGGUGGUCAUUCACGACCCACGAGCCAAGUCCCAUCGCACUGCAGGCCACCCUCAGACUCUAUCCAGAUCCCCUGUUGGUUGUACAGAGCCAUCCUGAGCGUGUACGCCCUCUUGGCCCUGGCCUUCAUCCUCUGCAUCGUCCUCUCGGCCUUCAUCUUGGUGAAGAAUUCUGAGAUGUCCAAGGAGCUGGUGGACUUAAAAAGGGACCUUUGGAAUGUCUCAAACUCCAUGCAAACAUGUGAGAAGAGGCAGAAGGAAAGCUGCGAGUCCAUUAAGGAGAGCAUCAAAGGGGUCAGAAGCAAGGUGGAGAAAAUAGAGACACUGUUAGCAGACAUAAAAAACAUUGAGACAAAGGUACAGAGAAUCUUGGAGGUGCUGGAGAAAACACCAAUGUCUUCAUCUAAAUAAAGGAGGGGACAUUGUGGCAGCCAAAGCCACAGCUUGGAAGAUGGGGUUGCACCUGCUGAUGAAGACGGGAAAUGACCCCCCACCAGCCUAGUGCAAAUUUACUCCUCGUCCUGCAUAUAGAAAAACCUCUAGUCGUGGUGAAUGAGUGUCUCAGAGCUGCUUGUGUGAAUGUGUGUGUGUGCAUAUGUGCAUUUUGCCGAGGGUGGCCAUUUCAAUGUGUCCCCCAGAAAGGUGAAUGAAUAGGACCAUGAGAAUCACAGUGAGUGUGGCAUGCAUGCUUGUGUCACGUGACAUGUGUGAGUCUUGGCAUGUCCCGGUGGGUGGCUGUGUCUGAGGACCUCCAGCAGAUGUCACUCUGUAGUGUGGGUGUCGGUGACAUGCACUGCACGGGGCCGUCUCCCUGUUUGUGUAAACGUGCCUGAGUGUACUGCGGCAUGUUGUGGGUCUACACGUCAUGGGAGGGGGGAGAUGUGCACACUAUGGAAAGGUAUCUCUGUACGUAUGAGUGUCACCAUGUGUGCCCUGUCACUACAUGUGCCUGGGUGAACGGCUGUGUCAUUAUGAGUGUGCUGACUUAUGCCAUCCUGUGUGUUCAGGGCACAUGCACACAGACAGUCAUUUAUUUCUGCACUCACAUUUUGUGACUCAUGAAGAGAAAUAAAG